AUGAGAUGCACCCCAGAGCUUCCAGUCCGUGUGUUGACCCAUAACAUCCGAUAUGCCACCAGCUCUCCAUUCAAGGGGGAAGUUCCCUGGGAACAGCGCAAGCAACUUUUGCUGAACGAGCUCGGGUAUCACACUCGCCAUGUCAGUGGCACGUUCAUCUGCCUCCAGGAAGUGCUUCAUAGACAGCUGGAAGAUAUCCUGGUGGGACUAAAUCCUCGGACGGCAUCCUCGGCCCCAGACUGGGCAUACAUCGGGGUCGGUCGAGACGACGGGCAUCAGGCUGGCGAAUACUCACCCAUCUUCUAUCGACCAUCGGUAUGGAAGCUAUUGCAUUGGGAAACCGUUUGGUUAUCGAAGACCCCCUCAAAGCCAUCUAAAAGCUGGGAUGCGGCCUCCAUUCGAAUUGUCACCAUCGGUGUUUUUACUCACUGUGAAAGCGGCAAUACCGUCCUUGCCAUGAGCACACAUCUAGACGACCAGGGAUCUCAGUCUCGCUUAGAGGCUGCGCGCAUCAUUCGGGCGAAGAUCCAUGGGUACCGACAGGGCGAGUUUGGGACCUUGAUUGGUGGCGCGUUCCUGGCGGGCGAUUUGAACAGCCAAGAAGACCAAGAAGCCUAUUCGGACUUGACAGGGUCUGGGGAUCUAGAAGAUACCUUUAAAUUGGUUGAUUCUUCUCGGCGAUAUGGGAGUCACAAUACCUUUACUGGGUUUGGGUAUGAAAAUGAGCCACCAUCGCGUAUUGACUAUGUCCUCCUCGCUUCUGGAGGCAACCAGGCCUGGAAAGUGGACGGUUAUUCUGUGAUGGCCAACAGGUUCGAUGACGGGGUAUUUAAUUCAGAUCAUUGUGCAGUCAUUGCCGAUCUUAGGCUUGUAGGCUAA